GGAGAUGAUCAGGAAGGGAGAUUUGAAGCCCACACAGAAAAACCCUCGUAAGGACCGCGAGAAGGCAGCGACGGUGCGGAGGAGGCGGGAAGCCGAGGGGAGGGAAGGCGCCCUCCGUCCACGCCCGACCGGAGGCGAGGCGAGGCGAGGGAUGGUCUGCUCGCCGUGCCGCUGGCCCCGGUGCCGGCCCUGAGGGUACGGCCGAGGGAAGGAGGGCCACGAUGGGCUGCGGCGGGAGCCGUGCCGAUGCCAUCGAGCCGCGCUACUACGAGAGCUGGACGCGCGAGACCGAGUCGACCUGGCUGACCAACACCGACGCCGAUCCGCAGCAGCAGCAGCAACAGCAGGCGCUUUCCGCCGCCAGCCCGGAGAAGGGCGACGCCGAGGCUGGCUUGAGGAUUCCCGGAAUUUUGGAAGAUAGCAAAUCAACUCAGACCUGCACUGCAAAGUCCUCAUCUACAAGCGGAACAGUUGAAAAGAGAGCUCACUGUGGUACACAGUGUACGAAACAGACAUCUAACACCACUGGAACACAAAAGCAACAUAAUGGCUUUCGAACCACAGAGGCUAAAUGGGACAACAAGAAAAAACCCACAAAGGAAGUCCCUGUUAAUGCAACAAAAGCAAUCAGACAAAUCAAUAGCAACAGAAGAAUUACAAAGAACUGUGUCAAUUGAAACACAGGAAGAGGAUGUGUUUUAUCCUUUUAUUACAGAUGAACUCUGUGAUAUUUUGCUGCACUUUAACAGACAGGGUAAUGUGAAGAUCGGCCAGCUGCUGCUGAGUGCCUUUGGAAAAGUGUUUGACGGUCUUGGUUCUAAAAUGUCUGCCAGCGCUGGGUGCUUGAAUAUUUCUUUUUGUUUUGUAUUGCCAUUUUGGUGAAGAUAGGUUAGGCAAUUAAUAGAUACUUUAUAUUAUCAUAAGUGGUUUAAUAAAAAUAAAAGCGUGAAACAAAAAUAUUUCAAACAUCUUGAUAAAGCCCUCCAGAAAUUAUCAUAUGUGAUUCUUGCUAUUAGAUCCACAAGCUAAAAGGUCAUAUUAUCAUCCUAUGGUUGACACUUAUCAAAAAUCUAAUAUUCAAGCACUAAGAAUAUUCCCAGCAGUGACUCUUUAAAGAAUGGCAUAUUUUAUUAUUUGUCUCAGCGGCAUAAGGAGUAUGUCAUACGAGAAUUCCAUAAUUAUUAUGUAUAAUGUGUUAUUACAGAAUAUCACCGGCUAUCUGUGGUCUGAGCCAAGAGAGGUCAUCCCCUCCUUUCAGGGUGGACCAAACUUCCUAUGCAGAAUAUGUCAGAUAGCCAAGGUUUGUGCCAGGAUAGAUAAUUCUGUGCGAUUUGAGAGGCACUUGAGGACUUUAUAUUUCUACUGUGUCCAUUUCUGCACCAUAUUGGAGCCUAGCACUAUGUUGUAAUGUCACAGCUGGCAAUUGUAUCAACCCACCUCAACUGUUACAAUCAUUGGUUCCCAGCACAGAAUUAACUCGUUCAGUCGUUACUAUAUGCCACUCACUUGCUAGUACAAGAGGUUGAACUGGCGGGCUUUCCCCAUAUCACUAUGUUUGGAUAAUACAAAGUCUGACUGAAAAUGCAAAGUUGGCAGUGUGUGUUUGUUGGUUUGUUAAUUAUUAAAACAUGCUGCCAUAUAGUAGAGCUCUGUCAAAUGCAUAAUGUGCUGUCACUUGGUAGGAGUCAUGGUAAUUAAUGUACGGAAUGUCGAAGAAAAUAAUUACAGUGGGUGCUCUUGAUGCUCCCAGUUAGAAUAAGUUGAGAUUUAGGGUCAAACCACAAAGGCAAUCCAGGAUGGAGGAAAGCGUUAAACUGGCAUUACUGCCAUUUUUCCAGGCUAAACCAUGCCCGAAGCCAACUAUUAUGAGCCCUGUAGCAAUGUAGACAUAUUGUAGGUACCUGUAACUUUUUUGGGGGGGUUGAAGGGCUAAUAAAAUCUUCAAAUAUGUACUGAAAGGAGAGGAUAAACUUUUGAAAAUGGCAGAGUUAAAAAGGUGAAACACCCCUCACUCAGAAUAUGAACUUCCUUGAGCUACUAAAAGACAAGAUAGGAAAUCAAGGUGUGAUCCUUUUCCAAAAGAAACAAUCUGUGCAUAUGGAACUGAUGGUGAAGUCUAUACAUUAAAGGAGAAGAGUGAGAUUGACAGGCACAACUAAUUUCUAAAAGGUAUUCUGAACUGUAAAUAUAUUACCUACAAUUAUAGGACAAUUUAGAUGUAUAAAAGUGUUUAAUGACAAAUGUUAAUAAUGUGUGAGUCACAGAAAAAGCACUUUAAUCACAGAUGAACAGAGAUUUGAAACAAUUCUAAAAUUAACUAUACUGUUUAUGAAAAUGAUUUUACUUUUUAAAUAAAUUGUUUGAAAUAAAAAUUAAGUAUUUGAAAUCAAUAUUUAGAUUUUAAGCUUAAUUCUAACUCUCAUAGGCUAACCAUUGAAACAUAUACUCCAAUGGGCAUUACUAUAUAUCUGUCUGCUCCUAAGAGAACAUCUUUAAUUCAAAUUGCAUGGAUGUUUAAAGUACAUAAUUAUAAUGGAGUCCGAUGCUUCAUUUGAGCCUGUGCUCACAAUUGGCAAUCUUGUCCAUGCUUACUUAGGAAUAAACCUCAGAAUGUGCUUCUCAGUAAACAUGCAUGAUAUUGGGUGUUCUAGGGAUUAUACAAUAUCUGCAAUGUAAUCUUGCAUGGCUCUAAACUACAUAUAUUGCUUUAGUUUUAAUAGUAAGGCUAGCAGACUGAAAUAUUGUAGGAUCAUUGACAUACUAGUCUUAUGCACAGUGGCCCCACAUGUUGACUCAAUGUGCAUAAGGGGGAAGGAAUGUGAAAGCAUCUGCUUUGGCAUGCUCACUGGCAAUACACUUGCUGUGCUUUCAUUUACGUAUAUGAGUUGAAAACGCAAGUAUGAAAUGCAAAGGGACUUCUGCAGGUUAUACAUAUAAAAUUUCUACACAACUGGAAUUCUGGAUGAUCAAGAUUUCUGGUGAAGACCCCUCUUCCAACCCACCCUUCUUGCAUUGUAUUUAUUUAUUUUAAAUAUUUUCAGCCCACCAUUCUCUUCAAAACAGGACCCAA